GCAGCGGGCGGCCCGGCGGCGCUGGCCCGUGGACCCCGCACCUCUGAGGACUGACAGUAAGUGUGGACGUCUGUGCAAGUGUGAGAGCAUCAUGGUGGCCUUCAAAGGAGUCUGGACUCAGCCCUUCUGGAAAGCUGUCUCAGCAGAGUUUUUGGCCAUGCUAAUUUUUGUCCUCCUCAGUCUUGGCUCUACAAUCAACUGGGGUGGAUCUGAGAAGCCCCUGCCUGUCGACAUGGUCCUUAUCUCCCUCUGCUUUGGGCUCAGCAUUGCGACCAUGGUGCAGUGCUUCGGACACAUCAGUGGAGGCCACAUCAACCCUGCAGUGACUGUAGCGAUGGUCUGCACAAGGAAGAUCAGCCUUGCCAAGUCAGUCUUCUACAUUUUGGCCCAGUGCCUGGGGGCCAUCGUGGGAGCAGGCAUCCUCUACCUUGUCACACCACCCGGUGUGGUGGGUGGCCUGGGAGUCACAAUGGUACAUGGAGAUCUUUCCGCUGGCCAUGGACUCCUGGUGGAGCUGAUAAUUACAUUCCAGCUGGUUUUUACUAUUUUUGCUAGCUGUGAUUCAAAACGAAGUGAUGUCACUGGUUCGGUAGCUUUAGCAAUUGGAUUAUCUGUUGCUAUUGGACAUUUAUUUGCUAUCAAUUACACUGGCGCUAGUAUGAACCCUGCUCGAUCAUUUGGACCCGCUGUCAUCAUGGGGAAAUGGGAAAACCAAUGGGUGUAUUGGGUAGGACCAAUAAUCGGAGCAGUCCUUGCUGGUGCUCUUUAUGAAUAUGUCUAUUGCCCAGAUGUUGAACUCAAGCGCCGUUUUAAAGAUGUCUUCGGCAAGGCCACCCAGCCAUCCAAAGGGAAAUACAUGGAGGUGGAUGAUAACAGGAGCCAUGUAGAGACCGAUGACCUGAUCCUGAAGCCUGGGGUUGUUCAUGUGAUUGAUAUUGACAGGGGUGAAGACAAGAAAGGGAGAGAUCCAUCCAGUGAGGUACUGUCUUCUGUAUGACUAGCAAGGAGCACUGAAAACAGAGAGCGGCCUGCUAGCACAUCCUCAGAUGUCCUUCCACCUGUAAAAGAAACAGAUCUUCUAUAAACCGAGCAUCUAUUAUUUCAUAGUGCAGGCAGCAGCAUUGCAGGGGCAUCACCAAACUGUGAUCUGAUCACAAGGAACACUAGAAUUUUGCCAGAAUUAGGAUUCCCCACACAUUAUUCCAAAUUAAGAGAURUCCCUGUUCUUUUCCUCUCCUUCUUUAUGGAACAUCUCCAAAGUCAGAAAAAGAAAAAAUCUCCUUUAAUUAGUCCUAAGGAGAUGAAGACAGAGAUGUUUAACAUCCAGAUUGACAGUUAAGACAUAUCAGGAAAUGCCUAUAGACAUAAAGACCUACUUAUCAGAUUGUUCUUCUGACACUUAAUUGGCCGUUGUCAACUCUAAUUAAAGCAUCUUUCCUGUUAAAACUUCUUUGCUAGGUCCAGGGACAACAUCAAUGGUAUUUAAGACUUUUACCCAAAGUCAAGCAAAGAAAUGUUGCUUCCAUCUAUAUACAUCAUUAAUGUCAUGAAAACUACCUCUGAAAAAAAUAAUUUAUAGACUUUAAAAAUCUAUUAGUCCAUCAAAUCUCACUCAUUUGGUUUUCAGUAUACAUACACCACUUUGAUACCUUCCCAGAAGUAAAUACAUUGAAAUCAAAAAUUAAAUCCUCUGUAAUAAGGCUGCAAAGCACUUGACUGUUCUUCAUACUAGCUUGUGUCACUGUCUUUCUGGUGAAACAUUCUCCUGAGGUUUGACUAUUGACUAUUUAGUGCUAGCAGACUCUCAAGGUCAUGCAAAGAAUAUGAAGGCUCUCCUGUUACUUAAUAACUCAAGAGAUAUCAAAAGAAAAGAAGGCAUAUCUGUUUUCAGUGCACUUGUUCAAAUACACACUUCUGUGCCAAUUUAUAUAAACUAAAGGUUUAAUUACUUAUCUACUUUCUUACAAGAUGGUUGGAGAUAUGAUUUUUUUUAAUUUAUUAAUAAUGUAGAAGGUUUUUUAACUUCUGUUAACUGUAUUGAAACACUGAUUAGGAAAUAUUUUUGUAACAGAUGAUAGAAAUGACAGCUUCUGGCUUUUUGUUGUAAUUGAUCUCUAGUUGAACAGGAUCUGUGCUUGUUUCAUUAUUGCUAUAGUCUUAAUUACAUCUCUGGCAAAGCUUUUUUCUUCUAUAAGUAAGAAAUACAAGCACUUGGUAUGGUUUUUUUUUUUUUUUUUUUUUUUUAGGGUGAAAGGGAAUAAAAUAUGUUUCUCUUCUAGAAGCAUUUCACUAGACAUAACCAAUCCAAAAAAGCAUUUCUAUAAAGCUAUUGCUGACUUUAUUACAGGCUUUUGUUUCCGUCAUUUGCUUUGAGUUUUACAGUAUGCACCUGCAGAGCAGUUAAAAGCCUCAUUAUUACUGUAAUUGUAUAGAUUUUAUUUUAAAAUGAAAACUUCUUCCUGUCUUCUUGGCAAGAAGGGGGAGAAAAAAGCAUUGGGUCUGGCAAUGGCCUGUAACAAACUUGCCUGCUCUUUGACAUUUCUCCACAUUCAAUCUGUAAUACAGGGAAUUAGAUGUUUCUAAUGAGGAGSUAAAGCACUGCUUAACUUAAAUCUGUGCGCUAUGAUCUAAGGCCAACAUUGCUAUCCAAUCUAGUCAUAGCAUAUCYUGUUAUGUUCAUUUUUCUGGUCUCCCUUUUCUUGCUUUGAAAGCACUGUUAGAGAGUUAUACACGAGCUCUGUGGGUUGAGCGUGAGCUUCAUGACUGCCAGGCGCGUCCAAUUUGSCCGUGAUUUCCUUCUUGCUCCCCGCAGCUCUGGCUCUAGUGGCCAAGCACAGCAUGCGGCAGGUGUGGGCACAGGACAAGGCUUCCUUAAGAGGUCACAUAGUGUGGGUCACAUGGAAGUGUGGGAAUGCACUUCCCUAAGUUACUCCACAGCACGCUGCCUCUGGGGAUAUGAGUCUGAACUUCCSAGAGCAACACAUCAUACCAUCCAUCUCCUCCAGCACAUGAGCCAUCCCACCAGUAUCAUCUCACACUUGCUGAGACAUCGCAGUAGUGUCUACUCRUAUUUUCUGAUAAGAUAGCUGAAUAUUUUUCUUCAGCUUUUACACCUGACACAGUGACAGCAUCGGUAGGCCGUGAGCAUGGUAGAGGCGAGGCUUUCAAGGCACUGCUUCAAACAGCACUUAAGAAGUGCUUCCUAGAGCAUGGAGCAAGUAUUCUCUGGGAAGGGCAACAAAAUGUGGUUUUUAGAUCACCUAUUUGGCUCUUGGAUGCAUAAAUUUCAGACUAAAUACAUUCAACAAGGAAGUAUAAAAUUUAAGUUUUCAUUCUUUUCCAUUAGGCGUUUGUUCUAACUUUUCUUUCUUUCAAAUGCUGCAUUUGUUAAAGGGACAACUUGAUAAACCUUUUGCAUGGCUUCAGUGGACAAAGUAGAGAGUAAUGCAUGUAACUCUGGUGGUUUGUUAAGAAGUUUUGCAUUUUGCUGUUUAAAAACACUCUGCAGAAGCUCAUAAAAUGUGAAUUUUGCAUGACAUUGUUUAAAUAAGAAGUUGUGACUUGUUUUAUGCUUAAGGUCCUUUUACACAAAUAGUGUGAACAAGUAGCUUGAUGCUACUGCUGAGGUGAGCAUAAUGCUAGUAUAAUAUUAGCCAAGUGAAGAGACUCUUUUCUCUUUCUUCUUCACUAAUGAAUUGUGGCAAACUCUCAGAACCAGACCUAGGAGAACUCCUCACAGAAGGAGUAUUAGAGAUAAGGUACAGGCUCCUGAGCAAAGAUCAGGGGAAAGAAGGGAAGCCAAAAUAAACAGGACAUUAGUCAGUAAAGGAUGUUCUCUCUUGGCAUAAGCAGGAAGGUAAGAUAUGGUAGGUCUACUCCUGCUCCCACUGAGGAGGACUCAUGGAGAAGUUUCUUGAUCCUGGGCUACUUCAGGACCUGAUGGCUCCUCUCAUAGAUUUCACUGUGGUUUCUGAAAAAAAUGGAGCCUUUGGGUGAGAUGCUUAGUUUUAGAAGGAGAUGCAUUCAACUUGAGUUUUAUGACCCACCCUAAAGUAAAUUCUUAGUUGUAAUUGUCAUCACUGUAAGAAGUUCUACCCCACCACAAGAGAUCACCAUUAAUGGAAGCAAAUACCACACUUCAGCAUGCCUCAGGUCUUGAUUCAGCUUUAACCUGCAGGGCUACAUUGUUGUCUAAGUAGUUUUGCAGUGGCAUUGUCAACAUGAAAUUACAUUUAAUUAAAUAAUCGACCACUGUGACCUUCUUCAUGGCCUGCAAGUACUCUUGCCUUAAUAUGAUUUUAAAACAUAUGCUAUAAUACUGUUUGAGAUGAUAGAUUUAUGUUAAAAGGCCUUCAGCUAGUGCCGCAACUUGAUGUCCUCCAAAAGUGUUCGUUGAUUAAGGUGGGAAAUGGUAACUGUCUUUGGUUUAUGAUGGACAUCAUAGUAAGCAUGCCAGGCAUGUUGUUGUSAUAAUUCUCUGGUCCUAAAAUAUGAAAGAUGGAUGAGCCCCUUUUUCCUCCAUGAAGUCAAGACUGUUUCCAACAUUAUUUUUACAUUCUAACAAAUGAAUGCAGAAUUACGAUAUCUCAGAUGCUGUAAGAAUCUUGUUUUUUCCCCUCCUGAGAAUUGAAUUCCCCUCCUGAGUAGUUAGAAUUUGGCUGAUAAACCCCAUAUAGUCCACACAACCUCAAAAGAAUUUAUGUACCUCAGUGUAACCCACCUUUAAAUUCCUUCCUUUCUCUUCUGAAGUUGGGUAAUUAACUAAGAUUCCUAUGGCAUCUGAGAUACUGUAGUCCUUCUCCUUUAAAGUACUARGAGCUGUAUCUUUCAUUCAUUCUGUGGAAGCAGGAGCAAGACACUGCAUAGCACAUACAGGGCUUAGGUUUCUCACCUGUGUUAGUACAUGAGCUUUUAGAAACAAGUUUUAUACCUGACUAUUAAUAGUUAAGCACAAUAKCUGCUUAAAAGGCUAGAUGGCCUUCAAAUAAGACUUCUGUCUUUCUAGUAACUGGUUAUAGAGCAGUUACUGUUGUGCUCUGCAGCGUUUUGUCUGUAGCCUAUGCUAGCCCAUAUUAACAAAAUGUUAUACUUCAUCCAAUAUUCAUAAUCUAAAUAAAAUAUAUGGGAAUUUACAUUGUGAGACUGUCUUUCCAAGGCGAGAGAAGGAAACAUCAGACUUUUUCUUUUUGUAUCUCAAACCUGUGUGUCUCUGAGUUUCUUGAGGACUUAUCAAACAGACAUGACGCAAAUGUAAACCAAAAUAUUUGUUACCUAYUUCUAUGACCUAAGCCAGAGUCA